AUGACCAAUAAUAUUCUCAUUGUGGGCGCUACACGGGGGCUCGGCGCAGCCCUGGCGACGCUGUACUCGAACGACCCCGCCAACCGUGUUUUUGGGACCACCAGAUCCGCCUCAGCCCCGGCGAACGAAUCUUCAGUGACCUGGCUCACAGGCAUUGAUGUCUCUCGGCACAAUGUCGGCCAGAACUUGAUCGCGCAGAUCCCGGCGGCGACCACACUCUCGACGGUCAUCAUCACCGCGGGAUACUUUGGCUUCGAGACCUUCGAUUCCCCGGACUGGGAGAAGCAAGUGCAGAUGUACACAACAUCUUCCAUUGGCCCGGUCUUUGUGGUGCAUCAUCUAGUGAAAGCUGGUCAGUUGGAUACUGGGAGCAAGGUCAUUCUUGUUAGCAGCGAGAGUGGCAGCAUUACUCUCCGUCAUGAGAAAGAAGGGGGAGGCAACUACGGUCACCAUGCGAGCAAGGCAGCUCUGAAUAUGGUCGGGAAGCUUCUGAGCUUGGACCUCAAACCUCAGGGAAUUGCCGUUGGAUUAAUUCAUCCGGGAUUUAUGCGAACGGAGAUGACAAAGAGCGUGGGGUUUGACAAAUACUGGGAUGCUGGCGGAGCCGUGAAUCCACAGGAAGCCGCUCAGUCUCUUGCGCUCUUUAUUGAUCAAUUUGAUCUCAGCAAGACGGGCGAAUUCUGGGCUCCACGAGGACCUGGGGAUAUUGGAACUGCAGAGAGCGUGCUAGGGAAGAGCCUGCCAACUCCCUUACAGUUGCCAUGGUAA